CUACUCCACAUUACGCGACACUGGCCAGACUACCAAAAGUACUCCAAGAGCACAUCAGUGACUCAGGUCAAGUUAUUUUACCCUGCUGGGAUAAUAAGCUGGCCAAAGGAGGAGAUAGAAGUCAGUGACCUCAAGACGAGGAAGCUCCUGACCAUGCAUGGAGGGUCAAGUCCAGAACCCUGACUGGCUGUAUGCUAAGCAGAAGGAAGGAGGCCGGGGACUGGUGAGUGUCAGCACCACAGUCCAGGAUGAGACAACGAACAUCCACAGAUACAUCAGGAAGAUGCCUAUAACCAACUGCAUGCUCAGUGAACACCUCAGGCAGCAGAAACCUGAGGAAGAGGAGGAACCAUCAUGGAAGGACAGGCCCCUGCAUCUCCAGAUAGAGGAAGUGGCUGACAUCCAGAAGUCCUACCAGUGGCUGGAUACAGCUCGACUGAAGACAGCACAGAGGCACUAAUCAUGGCAGCAGAGGAACAAGCACUAAGCACACGAUCCAUAGAGGCUGGGGUCUGUCACACCAGGCAAGACCCCAGGCUGUGUAAAGAUGCCCCUGAGACGAUCGAUGAAUGGCUGUCCUGUUUGGGUGUUGGUCACCAGGAGAUGCUACAUGAAAGGAGAUGCUACAUGAAAGGAGAUGCUACAUGAAAGGAGAUGCUACAGUUGUUUUGUGUAGGAUAAACAGGUUAGUGAGGUGCACUGUGAUAGAUUUAGAGUAAAGAACAGUGUGCGACUGGUGCACAGAGGUGCUCGGGAUCAGAAUUAGAUUGCAUCGAGGGUAGCUGAUUAAUUCACUGAAUUCAUGCCAACUUUAUACCAUCUGGUAUGAAAACAGCACAAACAGUGUACUGUCAGUGUGGGGAAUGGAAAUCAGCCAAUCAGCGUGUCAAAUAUUGGGUUACAAACUGUUGACUUCAGUGAAACCUCAGAGCAGCAGCAGGUACAGCUCAGCUGAUCAAAGCCUGUUCAGAGAAAAUCUACAGGAGCUCUCAACAGAAGAUAUUGUGAGUGGGUGCAGGGCAGCUACUCUGUGGUUCCGACACGAGCUGCUGUGUUAAACACACCAGAUUACAGCUUUGAUCGUGACCAGGCGUUCUGUUCAGGACAGGCUGUUUACACCCCGCUAGGAUAUUAUUCAACCUGAGUUAGAAUAAAUGUUAGUCGCUCUCCACGCGUGAAACGGUGUUAUUUGGGGUAAAAACUACAAAGUCCAACAUGCCCGCGGAGGUCGGGUUUUGUCACGUGACUCCUGCCGCAUGUAGCGCGCGAGGACGCUGUUUACAAACAGCCGUAAGUCCCGCGUUUCGUGCCAGCCUAGCUUGUUCUGCGGGGAAGCAGUCGGAGGAUGGACGCUGAAAAGUCUCGGCCCUAUUUCUUUGGCGACAUCGGCUGCUGGGCGGAGCGAACAGAGGUGCACAAGGCAGCGUCGCUCGGCCAGGCCUCCCAACUGGAGGAGCUCAUUCAGGGCGGAGCCUCGGUCAACAUGGUGGCCGUGGAUUCCAUCACACCGCUGCACGAGGCGUGCCUCCACGGACAGGCCAAGUGUGUGCAGCUGCUGCUUGAGGCUGGAGCUCAGGUGGAUGCAAGGAAUGUGGAUGGAAGUACCCCGCUGUGUGAUGCCUGUUCAGCUGGGAGUUUGGAGUGUGUGAGGCUUCUGCUGCAGUACGGUGCCAAGGCGAACCCUGCCCUCACCUCCCGCACAGCCUCACCCCUGCACGAGGCCUGCAUGGGAGGAAACUCUGAGUGUGUGAAGCUGCUGAUUUCCAUGGGAGCUUGUCUGGAGGCGUAUGACCUUUACCACGGCACCCCGCUGCACGCGGCCUGUGCUAACGAGCACACGGACUGUGUUAGAGAGCUGCUCAAUGCAGGCGCUAAAGUGAACGCCGCCAGGCUGCACGAGACUCCGCUGCACCACGCUGCUAAAAGCAUGCGGGUGGAGACGAUCGAGAUGCUGGUGGAGUUUGGAGCCAACAUCUACGCUCGAGAUCAACACGAGAGGAGACCCGUGGACUACACCACGCCGGGCUCUCCCUCUGCAGCCUGCCUACAGUCUUAUGAGACCUCUCCUCUGAGUCUGCAGCAGCUCAGCAGGUUGGCAGUGAGGAGGAAGCUCGGCACCAGGGCUCUAAAUGUCAUAGGCCAGCUGGAGGUCCCUAAACUCAUCACCAGCUACCUCUGCUAUCAGUGAGCGCCACCUGCAGGAGGAGCCGACCGGCGCUCAAAGGACUGGAAACUGCACAGCACUGUGUUAAAUAUGAGCACAGCUGCCUGAGAUUCCUUUAGUUUAAGAGCCCUGCCAUGCACGCACUGCAGCAGCUACUGCACUCGGCGUGUUCAGGCUGUGUGAUCGCAUUAGUGCUGCUGUAAGAUGAGAUGUGUUUAACUUCUUAAAGAGCAGAGUAACACUGACUUUCACUUGGCUUGCUCUCACACACACACACACAUACACACACACACACACACACA